CUGAGCAUGGCAACAAAGAAACCCAGAUGAGAUUAACUGCUUACCUUCAGUGGACAGUAGCCGGUGUGAUAGAGCUAGUUAGCCUGCUAAUAUCCGAGGUGAACGUUUGCGUCUCUCGAUGACAUUGAGACAGAAGAGGACUUCAAGGAGGCUGGCUGAAAAAGCAAACGCACCAGACCUGUAGAUACGCUGUAAAGUCUCAUUGGUUGUUUGAACAGGUAAUGGUAAAGGGGGCUGAUCCAGCAGAGCUCAAGUCCAUUUUCCUGAAGUAUGCCAGUGUGGAGAGAAAUGGAGAGCGCUACAUGUCCCCAGAGGACUUUCUGUCCAAGUUUCUCCAUGCUCAAACAGACAUACGACUGUCCAAAGAGGCUACAGUCCUACUGGCAGGUGUUGUUGACCAGACCAAAGAUGGGUUGAUCUCCUUUCCGGAGUUUUUGGCUUUUGAGUCUGUGCUGUGCGCUCCAGAUGCUCUCUUCAUGGUCGCGUUCCAGCUCUUCGACAAAACCGGAAAUGGAGUUGCCACUUUUGAGGAUGUGAAACAAGUUUUUGGUCAGACUCACCAGCACAUCACCUUUAACUGGAACUCGGAGUUUAUUCAGCUUCACUUUGGCGCAGAGAGGAAGAAACACCUAAACUAUGUGGAGUUCACUCAGUUUCUGCUGGAGAUGCAGUUUGAACAUGCCAGACAGGCUUUUGUGCAAAGAGACAAGACCAGGACAGGCACCAUCACGGCUCUAAACUUCAGGGACAUUAUGGUGACCAUCAGACCCCACAUGCUCACACCAUUUGUGGAGGAAUGCUUAGUGGCAGCAGCCGGUGGAGGUACGUCACAUCAGGUCAGCUUUUCCUACUUUAAUGGCUUCAACUCUCUGCUAAACAACAUGGAGCUCAUUAGGAAGAUCUGCAACACGCUGGCAGGCAACCGCAGCGAUGUGGAAGUUACUAAAGAGGAGUUCAUUGUUGCUGCCCAGAGGUUUGGCCAGGUGACCUCCAUGGAAGUGGAUAUCUUAUUCCAACUGGCUGACCUGUCUGAGCCGAGAGGACGUGUUGGUUCCAUUGACAUUGAAAAGAUUGCACCUCUGGAGGAGGGAGCCCUUCCUUACAACCUUGCUGAGAUUCAAAGACAGCAGUCUGGUGGGGACGUGUCUCGCUCUGUUCUGAUUCAGGGUGCAGAGUCUGCGUACAGAUUCACCCUGGGGUCUGUGGCUGGAGCCGUGGGCGCCACUGCCGUGUACCCCAUCGACUUGGUGAAGACCCGCAUGCAGAACCAGCGAUCUACGGGUUCCUUCAUAGACGAGCUUAUGUACAAGAACAGCUUUGACUGCUUCAAGAAGGUGGUUCGCUAUGAGGGCUUCUUUGGCCUCUACAGAGGCCUUGUACCGCAGCUUCUGGGCGUGGCUCCCGAGAAAGCUAUAAAGCUUACAGUGAACGACUUUGUGAGAGGAAAGUCUAUGCAAAAAGAUGGCACUGUUCCUCUAGCUUCUGAAAUCCUGACUGGCGGAUGUGCUGGUGGAUCACAGGUGAUCUUCACAAACCACCUAGAGAUCGUGAAAAUCCGUCUGCAGGUGGCAGGAGAGAUCACCACAGGGCCACGCGUCAGUGCUCUUUCUGUCAUCCGUGACCUGGGCUUUUUCGGCCUGUACAAGGGUGCAAAAGCCUGUUUCCUGAGAGACAUCCCUUUCUCAGCCAUCUAUUUCCCCUGUUACGCUCACACCAAGGCAGCUCUGACUGACGAGGAGGGGCGAGUGGGACCUGGCAGGCUUUUACUGGCAGGGGCGCUGGCGGGCAUACCUGCAGCAUCCCUGGUGACCCCUGCCGAUGUUAUCAAGACCCGGUUACAAGUGGCUGCCCGUGCAGGCCAGACCACAUACAAUGGACUCAUUGAUUGUUUCUGGAAGAUUCUCCAGGAGGAGGGGCCUCGUGCCUUUUGGAAAGGAGCUGGAGCAUGUGUGUUUCGCUCUUCGCCACAGUUUGGAGUAAUGCUGGUGACCUAUGAGCUGCUGCAGAGGUGGUUCUACAUAGACUUCGGUGGACAAAAACCAGCUGGCUCUGAGCCUACUCCCAAGUCUCGGAUCAGCCUCCCGGCGCCAAAUCCUGACCACAUUGGUGGCUUCAGGUUGGCCGUGGCCACGUUUGCUGGCAUUGAGAGUAAAUUUGGACUGCAUCUACCACGAUUCCAAGUGACUGCUGCCCCCAAAUCACACCACGCUUGAGGCUUAUGCGUCAACCUGGAUGUGCUGUUUCCAAGUGUUAGGCUGCACUGGAACAAACAUACAUUUAUGAAUCUCUUCUUAUUGAGAACAUAAAACCUUUAGCAGAUGAACUGGAAAUUAUGUUUUAUGUUAUUAUUAGUGCAAAUUACAGCUUUUCUUUAACUCUUUAAGCUUGGAUGGGCCCGCAAGGAAAAAAAAAAUAUUUGUCAAAAUAUUAGCAACUACUGUCUUGACCAAUACAAAAUAGGUAUCGUUUGAAAGCUUAGAAGCUGUACUUUCCAAUGUUUGUAGGCAAUAUGACCAAAACUGAACAAGUUUUGAACAAAUUUUGCAGACAAAUCAGAAGUGUUCCGUUUUGAUAAUUUCAAAAAUGUUGUUGGAAAGUUCUCAAAGUGGAGAUUACAACCCUAUUUGUUUUAUUCAAAGCGAGUAACAGCCAAGUGUAUGUCACUGACAAUUACAUUGGAGUUACUUGUAUGCUGCGUUUUUGCAUAUAACUUCACGAAAAUAAACCGAACAUAAAAUAUCACAUACACUGUGAUACCAUUAUUUAAAGGAGGUGAUUAUCUUUCAAAUGAGCCCAAACAGAAGGUAAUCGGAUGUAUAGAUCAUUAGGCAAGAAGCACAAUGUUACAAAUAGCCACCAGGAUAUGGCACCAAGUAAAAAACACAGACUCGAUGCAGACUCAUUGAGUCAAAAGCCACUCAUUCUGUGAAAUCUCAUUACUAAAACAUGUCUCCAUGCUGUGCAUAGCUUUAGGCAUUGUUGUUUUUGCAUGUGUAAUUAGUACCUAUGUAAAAUUAUUGUGUUUUAUUUGUUUGGAGAGGCUUUUGGACAUGUGCAGAUGUUUUUGCACACUAUGAUUAAUUGUUUUUGUAAUGAUAUAACUUUUGAUUGCUUUGUCACAUCAACACAAAAUUUUUUGGAGCCACCUUAUUUUCACCCAGAAAUAUAUAAUGUCAAAUAAGAAAAAAAGUUGUUUUGGCUCAAUAUUUUUGUCUCAGAAUUGAUCAUAAUCUAUAUCAUUAAAAAAAUGAUAUCAAGCACUUUAGCCUCCUUUUAUUAGCCUUUAAUUUUGGCUAUGCCACU